AUGUCUUCCAAUCUCUGCAAGUACGGCCUCGAUCUUUCCGAAUCCGAAUCCGAAGAAGACAUGCCUCUGCCGGUCCGACCCGUCCGUCCCAAUGCUCCGUCGAAGAAUGCUGAAAUGAUGCGCGCAAUGUGGGAGGCCCACAAGUCCGAAAAGUCCGAUUCCGAUGAAUCUGAUGAGGAGGAGGAAUCCGAUUCGGAGGAUAAGGAGAACCGGGAGCCGUCGCCAGUUCCACCACCGCCUCCAGCAAGUGCACAACUUCCGUCCGUUCCGAAGCUGCCUAAAACUCCGAGUGCUCCGCCGGCAAUUCCACGUCAGCCGUCUCCAGUCCCUCCGGCUCAACUGGUCCCUGCUUCUGCUCCGAAACCAAGUGCUCCUGCCGUCAAAAAGUCCACAACUUCUGCUGCUCCUGCUCCGAAACCAAGUGCUCCUGCCGUCAAAAAGUCCACAACUUCUGCUGCUCCUGCUCCGAAACCAAGUGCUCCUGCCGUCAAAAAGUCUACAACCUCUGCUGCUGCUGCUCCGAAAACGACGAGGAAACCCCGUGCUCCAGUUCCCGCCAAGGCUCCAGCUACGAAGAAACCCCGUGCUCCAGUUCCCGCCAAGGCUCCAGCUACGAAGAAACCCCGUGCUCCACGUCAACCGUCCUCUGCUCCAACCACGAACAAACCUCGUCGCAAGAACCAACGGGACCAGCCGGUGAGCCAGCCGGCACCGUUCGCCUUCGACCCGAGAAUGGCGGCGGUGGCAAUCAAUCGGAAUGUGCACAGACGUCCGGAAGCCACCCUCAAACGGCCCGCCGCCGAGGCAAUCGCCGCACUCGCAAAACGACACAAACUAUAA